AUGCGCUCAGGAGAGCGGCGUCGCUCCCGCGCAGCCGCACUGGGGCCUCGCCGGAAAAGGACUACAAGUCCCGGCAUGCAGCGCGCUCCCGCCUCUCACCGCUCAGCCCCGCCCUUGGAGCAGGAGGCCCCGGGCUUCUUGCUGGACAAGGGCCCGCUGGGGCAGCAGCUUCCAGCUGAAGAACGCAGCGGUGAGCUGGCAGCCACGGCCAAGACCCUGGAGAAGGGCCCUGGUUUACUUUUGCCUAUAUGUGAAUGGAAGCUAAAAGAAAACACUUUCUCUACUCACAUCACUCUUGACACCAAUUGUGUAGAGAAUUGUACUCCACACCAACUGCGUCUCCAAUUCUCUGGAUGCCAAGACUUCAUUGACUUAACCAGAGAAACCAGACCAAGGCCAAAGGAUCGCAAUGGAAUCUGUGUGAUUGACCUGACAAGAACUGAGGAAGAAAACAGACCUAUUGCCACUCUUGACUUGACUCUAGAACCUGUUGCUCCUUCCCAGAAGGAGUCAACCAAUCUUCAAACAUGUGCCAGCCUCUCCAGCAAAGAGGUGAUGGAAGGGCGGGUGGACAGAAGCUCUUGGCCUGCAGCACGGAGAAUCAUUAACAGCGAUCCUGUGGAUUUGGACCUUUUGGAGGAAGCCGCAUUUGAAGGCCCCCAACCCCCUACAUCCAUCAAUGGAGACUCUGUGUGUCCAGCAGAGCCAAACUGUAGCUCAACCACAUUCAAAGAUGACUUAAGCUUCUUGGCCAGCCUAGAGCUGUCUUCAGAUAUUCACUCCCUCUCCCCAAUAAGCAAUAAUGGCAACAGCAGCAAUCAAAGGGCACCCUUGCCGUGCCCACAGCAAGAUGCACCUUGCCCACCACAAGCCUUGCCAUGCCCACUGCGAGUCUUGCCGUGCCCACUGCGAGCCUCACCAUGUCCACCACGAGCCUCCUCAUGCCCACCACGAGCCCUGUCAUGCCCAUCACCAACCGUGCAGUGCCAACAACAAGCUUUGCCUAACCUGCCUCAAGAAGUGCCAUGCCCUCAGCAAAAUAUGCCAAGCCCACCUCAGGACUCAUCAUGGCAUCCUCAGCACUUACCAUGCCCACCUCAGGAGUCAUCAUGGCAUUCUCAACACUUACCAUGCCCACCUAAGGACUCAUGGCAUCCUCAGCACUUACCAUGCCCACCUCAGGACUCAUGGCAUCCUCAACAUUUACCAUGCCCACCUCAGGACUCCUCAUGGCAUCCUCAACACUCACCAAACCCACCUCAAGCCUCAUGGCAUCCUCAACACUCAUCAAGCCCAUCUCAAGUCUCGCUCUGCCCGCCUCAAGACUCUCUGGGCCUACCUCAAGGAGUACCAGGCCCACCUCAAAACAUAUCAUAUCCACAAGAUGUGGCACACCUGCAAGACAUGCCACAGUCAUUGGGAGACAUGCUACAGUCAUCAGGAAACAUGUCACAGUCAUUGCAAGAUGCGCCAAGGUCACCAAGAGAUGCACCAAGGUCACCAAGAUAUGCUCCACUGUCACCAAGAGAUGUGCCACAGUCACCAAGAUAUGUGCCACAGACACCAAGAUAUGCGCCGGAGUCACCAAGAGACAUGCCACAGUCACCAAGAGAUGCGCCACAGACACCAAGAUAUGCACCAGAGUCACCAAGAGACGUUCCACGGUCACCGAGAGAUGUGCUGCAAUCACCAAGAUAUGCACCCCAGUCACCAAGAUAUGCGCCGCAGUCACCAAGAUAUGCGCCGCAGUCACCAAGAUAUGCUCCACAGACACCGAGAUAUGCACCACAGUCACCAAGAGACGCACCACAGUCACCUGGAGAAGUCUCACUCUUACCAGAUGUGCUACGUUUGCCUGGAGACAUGCCACACUUGCCAGGAGACAGGCCUGACUCUCCCCCAAAUGAUGUGCAGAACCGUGACACCCCCAUGGAUAUCUCGGCCCCAUCUUCUCCACGCUGCUCUCUCAGCCCACAGUCUCCACAGUCUAAAGCUUCCUUGGAGAAAAUCCCUUGGAGUUUCUCUGUCACAGAAACUCCAGCCAGAAAGGCGGUAACAGUGUCAGAGCGUGCCAACCCCGGGUCCGCCCAGGUACAGGCACGAACCCCACCAGGUGUGCUGUACAACAGACCGUGCCUGCAUAGACUGAAGUACUUCUUACGGCCUCCGGUGCACCACCUCUUCUUCCAGACACUGAUCCCCGAUAAAGACGUAAGAGAGAGCAAGGGCCAAAAAUUAGAACCCAUCCCCCAUCGAAGACUAAGAAUGGUAACAAACACCAUUGAAGAAAAUUUUCCCCUGGGGACGGUGCAGUUUUUGAUGGACUUCGUGUCACCUCAACAUUAUCCGCCCAGAGAAAUUGUGGCUCACAUCAUCCAGAAAAUCCUGCUCAGUGGCUCGGAGACUGUGGAUGUCCUAAAGGAGGCCUACAUGCUUCUCAUGAAGAUUCAACAGUUACAUCCAGCUAAUGCCAAGACAGUGGAGUGGGACUGGAAGCUGCUCACUUAUGUCAUGGAGGAAGAGGGACAAAAUCUGCCUGGGCGGGUCCUUUUCCUGCGUUACGUGGUGCAGACCCUGGAAGAUGACUUCCAGCAGAUCCUGAGGAAGCAACGACAGCACCUGCAGCAAUCCAUUGCCAACACUGUGCUGUCCUGUGACAAGCAGCCCCACAAUGUCAGAGAUGUGAUCAAGUGGCUGGUCAAAGCGGUGACUGAAGGCGGAUUAACUCAGCCCCCAAAUGGGAGUCACACCUCUUCUGGGGCAGGCGUCCUGAAGGCCAGCAGCAGCCACCCUUGUCCGCAGCCCGCUCUGACGAAGAACACCGUGCAGGUGAUCGUGUGCCAGCUGCAGAGGAUGCUGUCCAUAGCCGUGGAGGUGGACAGGACCCCCACCUGCAGCUCCAAUAAAAUCGCCGAGAUGAUGUUUGGGUUUGUGCUGGACAUCCCCGAGAGGAGUCAGAGAGAGAUGUUCUUCACCACCAUGGAGAGCCACCUUCUGCGCUGCAAAGUGCUUGAGAUUAUAUUCCUGCACAGCUGCGAGACGCCCACCCGCCUGCCCCUGUCCCUGGCCCAGGCCCUCUACUUCCUCAACCAUUCCACGUCGCUGCUCAAGUGUCAGUCGGACAAAACCCAGUGGCAGACGUGGGAUGAGCUGGUCGAGCACCUGCAGUUUCUGCUGUCCAGCUAUCAGCACGUUCUAAGAGAGCACUUACGGAGUUCAGUGAUCGAUCGAAAAGACUUAAUAAUCAAAAGGAUUAAGCCCAAGCCCCAGCAAGGCGACGACAUCACGGUGGUGGACGUGGAGAAGCAGAUCGAGGCCUUCCGCAGCCGCCUGGUCCAGAUGCUGGGGGAGCCGCUGGUCCCCCAGCUCCAAGACAAAGUGCACUUGUUGAAGCUCCUGCUCUUCUAUGCUGCGGACUUGAACCCCGACGCAGAGCCCUCCCCCAAGCACUGGAGCAGCCCCUGAGGCCCUGCUACGCACUGAGCACCAAGAAUACCUCCUGAACUCUAUCUCCAACUACUUGGAAGUUCUGAAAAUAUGAAAAGUAGUUACAAGUCUUAAAGGACCAAACCUAUCUUAUUUAUCUGUAGGUUAUAAUAAAUUUCUAACUCUUUAGUAAAUACUUUUUUUAUAAUCCUAUCCUAGCCUAUUCUCAAAAAUACGGCUUAAAUAUACAAGGUGUAUAUAUUUUUUGAUAAAUUAUUUAUCUAUACUUUUUGAAACAGGUAAUACUAUAUGCACUUAGAUGUUUAACAUUUCCAUUCAAGAUGUGAAAAAAAUCCCUCUGAACAAAUCCUAGACAUCAAAUGUUAUUCAAGGAAUUAACAGCCUGUUUCGAGAGAGACACAUUCAUUUCUCUGUAAUGGAACACAAACAUCAAUAUUAGACCUGUUAUAUUGCCUAUGAAUUUGACUUUGUGACCAGUCUAUUAAGAUCUAAUGUAAUGGGGAGAUGGGAGGUUAGAAACAAAAGGAUGAGUGAGUUACAAAAAAUGUUAAAAGGGUACAAUAAAAGGCAAUGGUUUUUCAAAAUACCAAGUUUACCUGCUUACCAUGACUGUGAGUAGGCAGAAUGUGGUAACUACUCUUAACAGGACAAAGAAAACAGCUAUCCAUGUUUGAGAAAGUAGUAAGGAUUUUUAUUGUCAAAACAAGUAAGAGAUACGAGCAUAACAGAAAACACAAAUAAAUUAAUUGUUCCCAUCA